UCGCCAUCGUUCUCGUGUUAACGCCGUCGUUCAACAAGUAAGUUAACCCCUAAUCCCUCGUUUAUGAUGUUAAACUUGCUUAGCGAAGUUUAGUUUAAGUUUAAGCUAAGUUUAUGGUUAGUUAUGUGGGAUUUGGUGAUCAUCUGUACGUCUAUAUAUAGUCAUCCAGGUUCAGCACGUUGAUGCUUGUGGUGAGAGAAGGAAGAAGAAAAGGCAGAACAUAACACAGAGAGGAGAAGGAGAAGAUGGGGAGCAAGAGCAGCAGCUCGCAAGUGAUGACAUGCAGAGGGGUGGUGUGCUGGGGAGCGGAGGAGGAGUGGAGGGUGGAGGAGAUACAGGUGGAUCCCCCCAAGGGGAGCGAAGUGAGGAUGAAGAUGCUGUUCGCCAGCAUUUGCCACUCCGAUAUCCUGUGCUCGCAGGGUUUCCCUUUUCGGCUUUACCCUCGAGUUCUCGGCCAUGAAGGUGUUGGGAUUGUGGAGAGUGUUGGAGAGGAAGUGGAAGAGUUGAAGGAAGGAGAUGUGGUUAUUCCCGCAUAUAUCGGAGAAUGCAGAGAGUGUGAGAACUGCCACUCUGAGAGGACAAACUUGUGCCUCCGGUAUCCGCUCUCUUUGAAUGGCAUGUUGCCGGAUGGCACAUCGAGAAUGUCUAUCCGAGGCCAGACCCUGUACCACCUCCUCUCUUGCUCCACCUGGUCCGAGUACACGGUCUCCGACGCCAAUUAUGUUGUGAAGGUCGACCCUGGUGUAGCUCUCCCGCAUGCCAGCUUCUUGUCGUGCGGAUUCUCCACUGGGUUUGGGGCCGCUUGGAUGGACUCCAAGGUCGAAAGUGGCUCCUCCGUGGCUGUGAUCGGCCUCGGUGCGGUUGGACUCGGGGCCAUAGGAGGAGCAAGAGAGCAAGGGGCGACUACCAUAAUCGGCGUGGACAAAAAUGGGAUGAAAAAGGACAAGGGAGAAGCCUUCGGAAUGACUCAUUUCAUAAAUCCAGACGAUCACAAGUCUUCCGACAGUGCGGAUUUGAAAUCCAUCUCCGAGAUGGUGAAAGACUUGACGGGCGGAGUCGGCGUGGACUACUGCUUCGAGUGCACCGGAGUAUCUGACUUGGUCCACCAGGCCCUAGAAGCCACCAAAGUGGGGAAAGGCAAAGCAGUAGUAGUGGGUGCAGGGCUGAAACCUUUGGUGCAAAUUAAUCUCCUGGACCUGUUGAUGGGCAGAACAUUGAAGGGAACCGUUUUUGGAGGCCUCAAAAGCAAGACCCACCUCCCCCUCCUCCUCCACAAAUCCAAAAACAAGGAGAUCCAACUUGAUGAACUUCUGACCCAUGAGAUGAAAUUGGAAGACGUACCAAGAGCUCAUGAGAUACUGAAGCGGUCGGAUUGCGUCAAGAUUUUGAUCAAGAUUUAGCACCCUAUUCGCCUAUUGCCUCCUCCCCUUACUUUCUUGGACUUGCCUAGUACGAUAUUGACCGUGCUUUGUUUACUGUUCCACCUGCUUGAGUGACAUCUUUAGUCACUCGUGCGAAAUUCCAAUAAUAUAGUAUCAAUAUAGGUGGAACCAACAGACUGUGACAUCCA